AUAGAAUAUUUGAAACAUUUAGUAUCUGCCAGACUGUUGAAAACUCUCUUUCUAACCUGUCACUAGCUAAAUCGAAAUGGCCAAAACGCCUAAAGUAGAGAAAAAAGCUGAAAAAGCUUCUGCUGAAGAAAAGACAGCAGUAGUAAAAAAUAGAAGAAUCAAGAAGAGGCAUGGUAGAUUAUACGCUAAAGCCAUCUUUACUGGUUACAAACGUGGUUUGAGGAAUCAACACGAAAACACUGCUCUCCUUAAAGUAGAAGGAACUUCAGCCAAACAAGACAGUUGGUUUUAUGUUGGUAAAAAAUGCGUGUAUGUGUACAAAGCCAAAAACAAGACCUGUGUUCCCGGUAAACCCAAAUCAGUGAAAUCUAAAGUAAGGGCCAUAUGGGGAAAAGUAACAAGGCCCCAUGGUACAAGUGGAGCAGUAAGAGCUAAAUUUAAUAGAAAUCUGCCUGCCAAAGCUAUGGGACAUCGCAUCAGGAUUAUGUUGUAUCCAUCAUCAAUCUAGAGAUGCUGUAUCCAUCAUCAUAUAACUUAAGACCAAUUAAAUAAAUAAAAACUAAA